ACACGAGCAUUCUUAGUUUCAGGUGAUUAUAUAACUAAUGAAAACAUAGUUAUGAAUAAAAGGUUCCCCUACAUACUGGUCCUUUAACAUGGCAAAGGAGUGUCCAGCGUUAACCAGCAAGAAUUGCAAAAAGAUAUAUGAUAGUUAUUUUGUGCAAAGAGCUAGGAAAAUAUCACUGAUUGCACUUUUAAGCUUGAUAACUCCGUUGCACAGCAAAAGCAGACGUUACAGUGAUGCUUACCAUAAAAAUGUGACUUUUUAUCUUUAGCAGAAGAAUGAUUGGAGGGGAGACAAGGAUUUACUUUUAGCAGCAAAUGUUUUGGGAACCUAUCCCAGAGCUGGAUUUACAGUUACAGGACCAAGCCUCAGACCUGAUCCGUCUUCUCUGUCAAAAACUACUAUUAAUAAAAUGUCAUAUUAAGAUGACUAAAUCUAGAGAUGCCAUAACAUUUGCCCUAAAUGUCUUUUUGAGUUCUGCAUUACCCAAAACAUUUGUGUACAGUACUUGAAAAUUGUUGAAAUGUAGUUUAUCCUUAAUGUUUCGUUUCUUUGGCAGUUGAGGGGGGGGGGUUAUAAGCUUUGAUGAAGUGGUAACAAAAAUAUAUAGGAAGAGUACCUAUCAUCUGUGAAGUGAUGAAGUUUUCUGAUGCUGUUUCUACAGUUUGAGCUGGGGUUUUUUUCUCCAGAGAAUUUGAGCACUCGAGUUUUUUCCACUGUUACCUACGAGACAAAAAGCAUUGGCUGUGGUUUUAUUCAUCAUGCAGUGUGAUAUAAAUCCUAGAACUACUGACCGUGUAAUAGAUGUCUAUGUAUAUUAAAUAUUUCUGUCAUUAUUUUUCAAUAAUGAAACGAGUAUGUAUUUCACAGAGGUUUAUCACAUGUAAUGCAGAGGCAUCAAUAAAUGUUGCAGUGACCUUUUUUUUUGUGAAGCACUGUACCGAUGAUUAAAAUAAAGCUGGAGGUUUGAGUUAAAUACUUUACUUCCUUUAUUAUAUUUGAACACUUCCAAUAUUUUUGCUGUAAUAAAUGUUGAUUUCCUGUCUCAGUGCAACACUGACCCCUGCUGCUCCAUGAGCCAGUGUGCACCACCAGGAAGAUGAAACUGGGCUUUAAACUGGACAUUGUCGUGGACACUUCGUGGAGACUUCGUGAUCGUGUAUGUUAAACUGAAGUCCACCUCUGGCGUCAAACAUCAUCCACAGACUGCAGAUAAUCCGGAUUAAACCUAAACUGAGCUGCUUUUUCCUCAUCUUGUACCGGAAGUGUUCAUAAACAAAGCAUCACGUGUGUUACUGGUGACAAUGGGAAUCACCAAACUGGCAGAUUUGAUCCGCUCAGAUGCUCCCGGUGCUGUUUGUCAUAAGGAUAUCAGUGACUACACCGGAAAAGUAAUCGCACUGGAUACGUCUAUUGUUGUGAACCAGUUUCGUGCAGCAACGCCAUCACUAAGCCCUCUGACGGGGCUCUUCUUCCGAACGCUUACCUUCCUGGAACAUGACAUAAAGCCAGUCUUUGUGUUUGACGGAAAGCCUCCCAGGGAAAAGACAGCUGUUCUUAAGAAACGAGCUGAGGCAGCUGGUAGGCAUUUCCCCAACAUCACAGGCACAGCAUCAUCCCUGACCAAAGAUUGUCUCCAGCUCCUGAAGCUUCUGGGUGUACCUGUCAUCCAGGCUACUGGUGACGCUGAGGCAAUGUGUGCCCAGCUGGUGAUGAAGGGGAAUGUGGAUGCUGUGGCAUCAGAGGACAUGGACACGCUGCCGUUUGGAGCCAGUAUUCUUAUUCGCCAGCUGAAUGCCAAGAAGGACAGUGAAGUAAUUGAAUAUUCUUUACCCAAGCUGUUAGAGAAACUCCAAAUUAGUCACCAGGAGUUUGUUGACCUAUGUAUUUUGUUGGGCUGUGACUACUGUGAGAAGAUAGCCGGUUUGGGUCCUAAGCGAGCCCUGACACUGAUCCAGAAGCAUCGUACUAUCGAGACUGUGGUUUUGCAUGUCAAAAGAAAGACCCAUCCUGUGCCCAAUGCCUGGAAGUACAACGAAGCACGGAAGAUAUUCUUGGACACACCACAAAUCGUAGCUCCUGAACUCACCUGGGCUGAGCCAGAUGAAGAAGCCUUGGUUGGGUUUCUCUGUCACGACAAUCACGUUAAGGAGGACAGGGUCCGUCGUCGGAUGGAGAAGUUCCGUCAGAUGCGGGAAAGUAGGCGUGAAGAGAGGGAAAAGGACAAAGCAGCAGGACGGAGCAGGCAGACUCACAUGGAGGACUUCUUUAGAGUUACCAGAAAGAGGGCACAGUCUGUGGAAGAUGCAGACUCUUUAAACAGCAACAGAAAGAGACCAAAGUCAAAAUAAGGCGGCCACCAUGAAAAAAAAAAGAGAUGUUUCAACCCUCUGCUGUUCCACAUAUGAAAAAUUAUGAAAAAAAUCCCAAUCUUGAAUAUUUUUCCAUGUGAUGAUCACACAAGUGAGAAAGUCUGGCAUCUCUUGUCACUGACUAAAUAAUAUUACGUUUUUACAUUUUACUUGUAUCAUUGUUGUUGUUAUAACAGUCUCAGUGGCAGCAGCUGUACAUGUUGGAUCAUGGUUUUGCAUAUGCAGAGGAUUGCUCUUCCUAAUCACGACAAAUUUUGAAGAAACCCAAACAUCUUUCAAGACGCCGACUUCAAGCUCGACCCCCAGUGACGAUACAAUAAUCUGAUCUCGUCUUAACACGCAGAGUGGGCGCUUCUUCAGUGUGUGUACAGCAGUUUACUGCAGAGCCACCAAAAAAAAGCAGAGCAGGCGGUGGACGGCAAUGAAAGAGAACAGUGCGAUCAGUGUCAGGAAGGAUUUUCCCCAAGCCAAGCCAACACUAGAGACAGGGGAUGUCUCAUCACUAGAUAUUCAGCGAACACCUGCUGUGUGAAGGGUGCCAAGGCAGAGACCAAAGACUUGAAUUUUAAAAC